AAGCGGCGCUUCCCUGGUCUCAAGAACUUGACAAGUGAAGAGUGGGCGUACGUUGACGAAGAAUGUGAACGUCGCGCGGCACUUGGGAAACAAACCGUGGUCUGUUUUAAUGGCCAGCCAUUGCGGCCGGGACGAGUCCACUUGGCUCGUAGUCGCGUUCGAAGGAAAGGCUCGAAGAAUGGGGUUACGAAGCCUGCAAAGGCUUCAAUGAAGGAAGUGAAGCAGCGCAAUCAGGCUGUACCGAGGUUAUCCAUCAGGACACCGUCACCAGCACCUGUCGGUGGUAGGAACCCAGCCCCAGUUGCAGUUGAUAGCCAAGGAAGAAGUCAACUGGACGGGGGCCGCAACGACGGUUUGGGGAUAACAAUGACUCAACAACCGGGACCAACUCUGCAUUCCGUUCCGACGCCUAGUCAGGUACUCGAAAGCUCUUGGAUGGCGUGGAGUGGAACAUUUACAGCGUCAACAAUGUGUGAACCAUUGGUUGACUAUGUCGGGGCCGCUGAUAUAGAGCUCCCGCUUGCAGCUCAUGAUGUGGGCGUGUUGGGCAUUGAGUCCUUCCUUGCCGCUGAACCUGGAGUAGUUACUACGAUAGGCCUACACAAAAACGACUCCCCGCGCCUCAGAACGACCAUGUCGGGCUUUAACCACCGUGCAAUGAACCACUGGCGUUCCAGCCCCUCCUCUGUCAGAGCCAUUCUAUCCCCGUCCGAAGAGCCUGUCAGUCCCAGUUUCAACUUAUUCGGUACCCACUGGAGUCAUAACGUCCAACAAAGGCCGCUGCCCUUCUUUCGAGUACUUGCUGAAAUCGAGCAACCCAGUUAUUCUCUACCAAAGCAUGCUUCAAGUUCACUCUGCGAACCCCCCGCUUCUGCGGCAGCUGCGUCUUCUGGGUUCCUGAUCGUGAUUCAGGGGUCACUCCCUGACGUUCCUACCACUACGGGAGAAGUACAGCCCGUCGCCAGCGUUGCCGAGGUUUCGUCCCAUCUUCAACAAACCAUUCCGGAGCGAACUGAGGGGGAUAUCUCGCAAACUCUGGAACGGAUUCUAGACCCCUCAUCACCGCCUUCGGCAACGCUUUUGUCGCUUUUCGCACUGGCCGCUUUCUUUGCAUCCAAUAAUAGUCUGCUCGAUGACCAGGCUGACGCCUUUCUCAACUGGAUCGUCGACCAGGGAUACGCAGCGUUUCUGACGUGGUUCAUGAAGAUCCAAACUCCUACCGUUCACGCUUUCGCCAACAUUGUCCUAACAUCGGCUGUUCGGAUUAAGAAUGUCCAGGUGCUUGAGAUACUCCUAGAGUGCGGCGUCAAGCUCGACAACAAGCUGUACGAGAUAGCCUUGAUCGGCGACACCAGCCUCACUCAACGCAUCCUGUUCGACACAGACCCAGCGUGCUUGGUAACAACGGACCUGGGAGCAAAGCUUUUUCACCAUUUUGUGUCCGAUCGACAGUACGACCUCGCCCAAUUUCUUCUAGGGGUCGGGGUUUCUGCAGAUGCGCAGGCGGACUGGAAGCGAGUACAUCCUGGAACCGCGCUCUACCGAGCGGUAGAUACUCGAGACAUUUCAGGGGUCAAAUUCCUUCUUGAGGCAGGGGCGUCCAUCAACGCCUACUAUCAGAACUGGGGCCUAUACCUCGGUAAUCUCAGACGCCAGCACACUGUCCUCGGAUACGCUGUCUAUAGGGACGAUGUGGAAAUGGCUGCUCUCCUUCUGGAGUACAAGGCAGACAUUUUCUCUCAGAUUGAAGGGAAGGCUCUAGUGGAAUGGGCAUCGUUGCGCCGGAGGAGGGUUUUCAGGCAGCUGUUAAAGGGAAGGGUGAAAUCCGAACAUAUAGAGUUCCUGCUUGCGGAUAUUUUGGAUGCCGCGAACCGCGGUGAUCAUGCUCUCGUCGCUUAUAUCGCGGCUCGGCCGGCAGGACUGACGGCACAUCAGCUCGAGCAAGCCCUGGAGGAAUCAAUCAGUGACCACCGCUGUGCGGCAACAAGUACACUCCUCCGAUAUGGUGUCAACCCAAACGGCCCAUCCCUGACGACUCGCCCCCUUGCGACUGCCUUGAAGAACAUCGACAUCGACACUGAGUCCGUUGCGCUCCUUCUUCAACAUAAAGCAGACAUUGGACAUACCGGGCUCCUGGAGAAGGCUGUUGAACACGGAACGCGAAACCUCCUGAGGAUGGCUCUUAGUCGCCAAAUUGAUGCGGAGGAAAGAGAGAAGGCUCUGGUUGUUGCAUGCUCUCCAGUUGAGGAUGGACGUGGCUGUGGCGAUCUAGCUUCAAUAGCCACGAUCAUAGAUUCUGGGGUGGACAUCAACACACCUGGUCUGCCUCGGAACCCCCUCCAAGCGGCUGCCGCAAACGAAGAUGAAAACACAGUUCUACUUUUGAUCAGCAGAGGAGCAAAUCCCAACGCGCCACCCUAUCCAAAUGGCGGCCGAACCGCAUUGCAAGCGGCACUUGAGGCCUGCCAAUCCGACAAAAUCACAACAAUACUGCUGCGUCAUGGGGCUGAUACCUCCGCCCCUCCCGCAUCGCUAAAUGGCUUGACGGCCCUGGAGGCAUUUUGCCAUAAUGCCGCCACUAGAGAGAAUCCAGACUUUUGUUAUACCCUUCUCGACGCCGGUGCCACCGUCAACAGACCCGGGGGCGAGCCCAGUUCUGUACUUCACGGAGUUAUCCAGAGAGGAUGGCACGAUGUCCUACGCCGCUUCCUUGAGCCACCGCACAGUGCCGUGACGAAUAACAUGUGGUACGGCAAGCCGCUCGACGAGGACGAGUACUGGCGCGAAGACGACUGCACACCAUACACGCCAACCCAGCUGGCAGCCUCUCUCGGGGACCUAAAAGCGGUGGAGCUUCUCCUAGAUCAUGGAACCGGCGUUAACGAGUCCCCAGCCAACGAAUCCGGGCGCACCGCGCUGCAGGCGGCUUCUUUGCUGACGCCGGGGACGAAAAAAACGACACUCAUCAAGUUUCUCCUCGACCGAGGAGCCGAUAUCAACGCGGCUGCCGCGAGCUAUUGCGGCAUCACCGCGCUGCAGGGCGCCGCCAUCGCGGGAGAUCUCAUCCUUGCUCAGCUGCUUAUCGCCCGUGGCGCAGAUGUGAACGCAUGGCCCUCUUUCUACAACGGUCGGACUGCCGUCGAGGCCGCGGCUGAGCAUGGACGCCUGGAUAUGGUUCAGCUGUUGCUGAACGCUGGAGCAACAGGCGACCCUAUGCGCGGGACAGGGUUUGAAAAGGCCAUUGAAUUGGCAGAGAAGAAUGGCCACUUUGCCGUGGCUAGUAUUUUGAAGUGA